AUGGCCUCGGCGGGCGCGCGGCGGCUCCCGGUCGGGACGCGCGCGGCGGCCCGGCGCUGCUGCGGCCUCCCGCUGCGCCCGGCCCCGCCCCCGGCCCCUCCGCGACCUCCGGGACCAAUGAGAUUUCUGAUUUCCUGCAGCCUCUUCUUGCCCAGGACUGCCCAUGCCCAGGUCUUGGCGGCUGAGGGCGGCUUGCCUCCUAGCCGUUCCUUCAUGGGCUUUGCUGCCUCCUUCACCAACAAGAGGAAGGCUUACUCCGAGCGAAGGAUCAUGGGGUACUCCAUGCAGGAGAUGUUCGAGGUGGUGUCCAACGUCCAGGAGUACUGCGAGUUUGUGCCGUGGUGUAAGAAGUCUUUGGUGGUGUCCAGCCGUAAAGGUCACCUGAAGGCCCAGUUGGAGGUCGGCUUUCCGCCUGUCAUGGAACGUUAUACCUCUGCCGUUUCCACGGUCAAACCUCACAUGGUCAAGGCUGUUUGCACUGAUGGCAAGCUCUUCAAUCACUUAGAGACCAUUUGGCGAUUCAGCCCCGGUAUUCCUGCCUACCCCCGAACUUGCACUGUGGACUUUUCGAUUUCCUUUGAAUUCCGUUCUCUGCUGCACUCCCAGCUGGCCUCCAUGUUUUUUGAUGAGGUUGUCAAAAAGAAUGUUGCUGCCUUCGAGCGCCGGGCAGCCACCAAGUUUGGUCCAGAAACGGCCAUACCCCGUGAACUGAUGUUCCAUGAGGUGCACCACAGCUGA